CGGGCAGAGGCGAGUUAGGACGCAGCCGGUCGUACGGGCGCGCAGCAUUCUGGGAAGUGUAGUCUGGCCCGGACUCGGACACCCCCUUCGGAUGAAUGGGGCCCCGCUGACAGCUAACUACAGCUCCUCGCCGGCAGCGUUGGUGGCGGCUGCUGGGAAAAGGGAGACCGCGACGGCCCCGGGAGAGCAGCACUGCGGGACGGUGGUGAUGUUCAGUGCCGCGGCGAGGCGGCAGCCGGGUUUCCUGGGGUAGCAGUCUAGGCGGGCGCUUCCUCUGCGCGCUUGCUCCCCUUACCCUGCCCCGGCCAUGCGCCCGGCCUUCGCGGUGGGCCUGGUUUUCGCAGGCUGCUGCAGUAACGUGAUCUUCCUAGAGCUCCUGGCCCGGAAGCAUCCAGGAUGCGGGAACAUUGUGACGUUUGCACAAUUUUUAUUUAUCGCUGUGGAAGGCUUCCUCUUUGAAGCUGAUUUGGGAAGGAAGCAUCCAGUUAUCCCAAUAAGGUACUAUGCCGUAAUGGUGACCAUGUUCUUCACCGUCAGCGUGGUGAACAACUACGCCCUGAAUCUCAACAUCGCCAUGCCCCUGCACAUGAUAUUUAGAUCUGGUUCUCUAAUUGCCAACAUGAUUCUAGGAAUUAUCAUUUUGAAGAAAAGAUACAGUGUAUUCAAAUAUACCUCCAUUGCCCUGGUGUCUGUGGGGAUAUUUAUUUGCACUUUCAUGUCAGCAAAGCAGGUGACUUCCCAGUCCAGCUCGAGUGAGAAUGAUGGAUUCCAGGCAUUUGCAUGGUGGUUGCUAGGUAUUGGGGCACUGACUUUCGCUCUUCUGAUGUCAGCAAGGAUGGGUAUUUUCCAAGAGACUCUGUACAAACAAUUUGGGAAACACUCCAAGGAGGCUUUGUUUUAUAACCAUGCCCUUCCACUUCCUGGUUUCAUCUUCUUGGCUUCUGACAUUUAUGACCAUGCAGUUCUAUUCAAUAAUUCUGAAUUAUAUCAGGUUCCAGUGGUUGGUGUGAUAGUGCCCAUCAUGUGGUUCUACCUCCUCAUGAAUGUCAUCACCCAGUACGUGUGCAUCUGGGGCGUCUUCAUCCUGACCACAGAAUGCGCCUCCCUCACCGUCACCCUCGUCGUGACUCUACGCAAGUUUGUGAGCCUCAUCUUUUCCAUCUUGUACUUCCAGAACCCUUUCACUCUGUGGCAUUGGCUGGGCACCUUGUUUGUCUUCACUGGGACCCUAAUGUACACAGAGGUGUGGAACAACCUGGGAACCACCAAAGGCCAGCCUCAGAAGGAGGCCAAGAAGAACUGAGGCCUUCCUGGAGCAGAGAGACCAGAGGCUAGUGAGCCAGGGUCUGGCCACCAUUUCACCUUGGUUAAUGCUGAAUCACCCCCCAUGUGCCAGAGAAUCCUCAGAGGGACGGACUUCUCAGAUUUCUCAUGACUAUACAGACCAACAUUUGUGGACCCUGAAUAGAAGCCCCCAACCCUGAAAUAGGAAAAAAGAACAGUUCUCCACUAUUGAACAGCCUUUCCAUUUGUUGUUGUUUCUACCAAAAUUUCAGCACUGUACUUGCUUAUUGAAAUCUGAGUCCCCAGAGCUACUAGUUUUACAUCCACGGUCUUGGACAAGAUUUUCCCUGUCCUGAUGAUUCUCUGCUGUAACAGCCUUUAUCCUCCUGUGGCCUUUCCCCUUGUUCCAUCACCCUGCCACCCACAGCAGCACUUUUCAGGCAGACGCUCCAGGCACCUCCCCCCCGCCACCAACCAGGAACAACUGAGUGGCCGGGUGAACCGAGGCACCGGUGAUGCUGGGGCUGGGCUUUCUCCUGUGUGUUGGGAAAGCAGCAGGUGCCCCUGUGCCCUCUGGUGACCCUGGGGCAGGACUGGUGGGAAUCCUUUCCCACAUUUUUCCUUUUUUUGUUUCUAUGCAAAAGUCAUAUGCUUUCACACCUUUUGCUUUCUGUACCUAGAACAAAGCUGCCGCAUCUCUGUAUGGCACUGUUAAUAAGAAAGAAAGGUUGUGUUUGAA